UUAGACUCAGUUCUAUUUGAACUGAUAGUGCUAAUUGCUCUCUCCUCAACUUUCUACUUAAAAACUUCAAUUGGCUUCUCUAAUCAAAAUUAAUUGUCUUGAAUUCAUCUCCAAAUUGCAAGGAAGAAAAAAGGGUUUUCUGGGAUUGCUCCCUUUGGAGCCAGGACUUUCAGUUAGCCCUUGGGCUUACUGAGGAGAAUUGCCAGGGAUUCUUUGAGGCUUUUGCCUCCCAAACUUGCCAGCAGCCUCAGAAGUUUCUUCGAGUGCAGAGUUCCUCAGCACUGGCCAUUGGAGGCCCCGCUCAAUGCUGCUGCUGCCGCUGGAUCUCCCUGGCUCUCCCUCGCUUGCCACCAAGCCGCCAACCGGGCCAGAAGCCGCCGCCACUGCACGCCACCACCAGUCCUCAGCACUCCCGCCGCUGGACUAUCGCUGCUGCCUCCGCAGCCAUUCCACAGGGCUUUCGACACCUUUCCUCGUUCCGCAGCCUCGACUACCUCGUGGCGCCCAACCCAUAGGCUUUUCUGUUUUGGCGUGAAGAGCUCUGGUGGCCAUUUUGUCUACUCAGCGAGCCGUGAGUACAGGCCAUGGCCUCUCCUGGCCCUGAAUGGCCUCCACCCACCAACCUUCAUCUGGGGCACACAGGCACAGAUUUGCCCUGGAGGCCUCCCCUACUGAGCCUGCUUCCAAGACCCCAAGGUCUAGUCACAUGGGUACAGCCGAUCCACCCCUCCAGGAAAGGGACACUGCCACUCAGGCCCCUCCCAGCAAUGCCAGAACCAAGACCAAAAACACAGAAUCCAGUCUAUUUCAGGCCCAGAGCCUCUUCAGCCUAGUCCUCCUGACCUUUCUUCCGAUUCAAAGGAUGAUCUCUCCCCUGCUGCAUCCAUGAUCCAACCUGAGGAUUCCCGGGGCACCGGCGAUCUGGCCAACAGUGGGGAUGAAUCUGAGGGCAGCAGGAGCAUCACUCCUGAUGAGGACGCCCUCUACCAGGAGGACAUUUCUUCCCCCAUCCCGCUUCCAUCGUUCUUACUCACCUGGCAUGGCUGAUAUCAUAUCUGAGACUAUUGAACGAGGCAUAGCAGCAGGAAUUAAACACAGGUCUUCUAACCAUUGUCCUCCACGCAGGUCUGUUUCUUCUUCUGGUUCCAGACGCAGGAAUGGUGAUCUCUCAGCUUCUUCAUCGCAUGAGUUACCUGGCACGUCCAGUCAGCCAUCAGUUUUCAGAGAGGAGGAACGUCCGGCAAGAGAUUCAGAUCUCUCGGAAGAUGAAGGUCUCCCUCCCAACCCACCUACCGUUGUCAGUUUAUUAUUCAAUGUCUUUUUUUUAAGUCCAAGAAGAUUGCGGGUGAAUAUUCCUUCUCCCAAGGCACAGCAGGGAACGGAAGCGGACAGAGUUGACACUACUGACCCCCUCUUCAUCCAGCCUAAGGUAGAAAAGGAGAUGAUUCCGUCACCCAGACUCUUCAUAGAUGUGGUCCAGAACGAAUGGGCAUCACCAGGUACAUGUCCCCUCCCCAAUACCUUGGACAAGCGCCUGUAUAAUGUGGGACCAGAACUCACCAAGGCUCUAGAGGUACUUUCUAUUGACUUGCCUAUAAUUGGCCUUUCUUCUCCUAAUGCAGCCUCAGCAGCUUCUGAGGAGGCUCUUCGCCCUGAAGACGAGAGGAUAAAACAAACUCUGGUCAAAGGACACCAGGCCUCGGUUUGGGCUGUCAGGGCGGGUACCUCUGCUUCUUUCUUCAGUCGCUCUGCUCUCUUAUGGCUAAGGCAACUUCACGCAAGGCUUCUGGCCCGGGAUUCUAGGGCUUGCAGGGACAUUAACAAAUUAAAGGUGGCCCUAGAAUAAACUGCAGAUGCCU